GGAAAAGCGGGAAAAAGCGGGGGAAGGGAGGGGGGGGUGGGGGGCGAUGGACUCCGGAGCCCGCCCGGGCGGCGGCGGCGGCCCCGGCGCGGGGCAGAACCGCGAGUACAAACUGGUGAUGCUCGGGGCGGGCGGCGUCGGCAAGAGCGCCAUGACCAUGCAGUUCAUCAGCCACCGCUUCCCCGAGGACCACGACCCCACCAUCGAGGACGCCUAUAAGAUCCGGAUCCGCAUCGACGACGAGCCCGCCAACCUGGACAUCCUGGACACGGCGGGGCAGGCGGAGUUCACGGCCAUGAGGGACCAGUACAUGCGUGCCGGGGAGGGGUUCAUCAUCUGCUACUCCAUCACCGACCGGCGCAGCUUCCACGAGGUGCGCGAGUUCCGGCAGCUCAUCUACCGCGUGCGCCGCACCGACGACACGCCCGCCGUGCUCGUGGGCAACAAAUCCGACCUGGCCCAGCUGCGCCAGGUGUCCAAGGAGGAGGGCUCUGCCCUGGCCCGGGAGUUCAACUGCCCCUUCUUCGAGACGUCGGCGGCGUUCCGGUACUACAUCGACGACGUGUUCCACGCCCUGGUGAGGGAGAUCCGCCGCAAGGAGAGGGAGGCCGUGAUGGCCUUGGAGAGGAGAUCCAAGCCCAAGAGCAGCGUGUGGAAGAGGCUCAAGUCUCCCUUCCGCAGGAAGAAGGACUCGGUCACCUGAGCCCGGGGGGGGGGAAAGGAAAAUUCCUCUGGGAAGAAGCGAAGGAGAGCCCAGGGUGGCUCAGGGACAUCCCCCUGAGGGGGCUCCGGCAGGGAGCGAGUGACUCUGCCCGUUGUUUCUGUUUAGGAUGAGAUUCCCUUCCUUCUGGAUCCCGGACUCCGGACACAGCGACGGUUUUCCUCCUGUCUGUUGCCAUUUUUCCCACUUGGGAGCGUUCCCGGGUCAGACUGGGAGUGCUGGGAGCUGGGCUGUGCCAGACGUGGCUGGAGCCGCCCCCAAACCGGCUGAAUUCCCUGUUUUCCUGGUUGUUUUGCACGAGCUGCUCUCCAGAACAACAACAACAACAACAACACCCCGGAGCUCGAGGGGCGUUUGCUGGAGGUCACUGAGCAGAGCUGGGCUGGGCUGGGCUGGGCUGGGCUGGGCUGGGCUGGACUUCUCAGCUCCUCACUGAGCAGAUUUGGGUUUUUUUCCCGGCAAAAUUAACGUGGAAUCCUCGUGCAACUGUUACCUGAGUGCUCAGCUCAGUGGUGGGUGGGACCCAAACGGGUCGGAGUCACGGAAUCAACCGGGUUGGAAAAGGGCUCUGAGGUCCUGGAGUCCAUCCUGGGACCCAACCCCCACCACAUCCCAUCCUUUGAAACACCCCCGGGGCUGCAGCAGCUCCCUGGGCAGCCCAUUCCAGCGUGGAAUUCCAGUGUCCCCCUUUGUCCCGCUGUGGCAGCAGUGCAGGAACGGGGAGAUUUCCCGGCUGGGAUCGCCUUGGAGGCGCUGCCACCUGCGGGAAGCGCAGCCUGGAGCUCCCUGCCCUGUCCCAAACCCCCCCAGAUCCCGGGAGGAGCCGCAUUCCAGCGGGGCUGGGGCGGGGCCGCAGCUUCUCCCGCCUCCUCCGAGGAAAUGCGGGCCCCGAGUCCCGGCCCCGGGAUCCGCCGGGAACGGGAUGGGGAGGGAGGAGAGACCCGAGUGUGCCCCGAGAGGAGCAAACCCGCGGCUUCCAGGGCACUUCCAGGGAAAGGGGGAUCCGGGGGUCGGGGCUGAGCUCGCUCUGCUCCAGCCCCUGCUCUUGUCAGGCCUCGUCACACCCCGUCUCCUUCCUCCCUUUCUUUUUCUUUCUUUCUUUUUCUUUCUUUCUCUCUUUCUCUCUUUCUUUCUCUCUUUCUCCCUUUCUCUCUUUCUCUCUCUCUUUCUUUUUCUUUCUUUCCUUCCUUCCUUCUUUUGUUUCUUUUCUUUCUUUCUUUCUUUCUUUCUCUUUCUUUCUUUCUCUUUCUUUUUCUCUUUCUUUUUCUUUCUUUCUCUUUCUUUCUUUCCUUUUAUUCUUUCCUUCUUUCUUUCUUUCUUUCCAUCUUUCCUUCCUUCUUUCUUUCUUUUCUUUCUUUCUUUCUUUCUCUCUUUCUCUCUUUCCUUCUCUCUUUCCUUCCUCUUUCUCUUCUUUCCUUCCUUCCACCCUUCUUUAUUUCUUUCCUUUCUCUCCUUCCUUUCCUUCCUCCCUCCCUCCCUUCCUUCCUUCCUCCCUUCUCUUUCCUUCCUUCCUUCCUUCCUCCUUUCCUCCCUUCUCCCUUUUUCUCUUGCCAAUCCCUUUGUUUCUGUCCCUCUGGAAUGGGAGAAGGACCCAAACCCAGCUGGUUUUUCCAGCCUGGAUGGGCACGAGUCAAGCUGAGAUUUUUUUUUUUCUCUCUCACGUUUUUUGCACAAUAAAAUAAAACAAACUAGAAAACAAA